CGGGACACGCACACUGAGGGGUCACGGGGUCGUGAGUCACUCACCGGCAGAGUUUCGGUUCUCAGUCUUCAGUCCGAUGAUCUAUUAUAGUGUUGACACAGCAAGAACCUUCAGGAUCCUCCUCAGAGGAGACAAGCUCCUCCAGAACCCGAGAACCCGAGAACACCGAGACCACAUGAAAAUGCAGAAACAGAACACAAACCAGGUCCCAGACCAGACCCAGAAAACUGUCAUCCCAAAGGUCCGAUAUCACCCGAGCAUCCAGACCCAGACACCUGGAGCCAAACCCAGACCCAGUCCAACCCAGAACACCAGACCAACUGCUGUGCGUCCCCCUCAGACCGGCAGUAAAACAGUCCAGAAAAACCAGGAUGUCAAAAAGACCCCGCAGGUUAAUCCAGGUCCUGCUGUGAGACCACGACCUGAUGGAGGACCAAAAACGAGCGCUCAGAAACCGCUUCAGAGACCUGUUUCAAAUCCAGACCCUGACAGAGCCCCUCUCAGACCGGAGCAGGUCCCUCUGGGUCUGGGGGUCCAGUUGGACAGGUGUGUUGUGGAGGACGUGGAAGUUCUGACCCGCGGACAGAGUACCAACCAGGACUGGUUCACCUGGAGGAAGAACCGGAUCACGGCCUCCGUGGCUCACCAGAUCGCUCACAGCCGCUUUGUUAACGGGAAGAGCAGAACCCCGCCGGUCUCCUACAUGGCUGCAAUCACAGGUGAGGGGCGGCGCGUCCAGACCAGAGCCAUGUCCUGGGGGAUCCAGAUGGAGGCAGAGGUGGUCCGCAGGUACCAGAUGCUGAAGAGCGCUGCGUUGGGUCAGUCCGUCCUGGUCCAGGACUGCGGUCUCUUCAUUGACCCCCUUCGGCCCUGGUUGGCUGCGAGUCCUGACGGCAUCGUCACGGACAGCCUGACCGGCCAAUGGCUGCUCUGCCUGGAGGUGAAGUGUCCCUACAAACACAAAGACAGACGGGUGGAGGACGCCUGCAGGGACGACCCCGCCUUCUGUCUGGAAAUACAGGACGAGGACAGACGGGAGCCGGGACGGUCCCCGGUCUACCGCCUGAAGACGUCACACAGUUACUACACACAGAUCCAGGUCCAGCUGGCGGUGACGGGCCUGCAGCGGGCCGACCUCGCAGUCUUCACCCUGAAGGAGACGGCCAUCGUCCCAGUGACCUUUGACCCCGACCUGUGGGAGGAGACGGUGUCCAAACUGGAGCUGUUUUACAGGGAUGCCGUCCUUCCUCACCUGAGGGAGAAGACACGGCAGGACACAGCAGCAGCGUGGACACCUGAGCUGUAGAGACUGUCUUCUUUUAAACACCUGCAGUAAAGUAUAUUCAAGUUUUAUAGUAAAGUAUUACUUAAAAAACAAACAAAGACAUCCUCCGUUGUACUGCAGAGUACUAGUACAACCACCAGGACAAACAAAUGAGAUUCAUCUCACGUUGUAACCAAAUAUUUUUCAUAUCAUUUUUCUUGUUACUAAAAUAUCAAACUAUGGAGAAAAUUGUAUUCGUCACUAUGCAGACGAUGUUCCGCUGUACUGCAACCAAAAACCAUCUUCUCCAUAGACUUCCAUUAUAAAAGAGACAUUUGUUAAACUGCUGACAGCUUUUACUGUUUGGACUCUGAAUGUUUUUUACCACGAAGGUGUCGUGUUUAUCAUAAUUUGAUAUCGCCAAGAGAACAAAAUCUUUUUAAACAAUGUUUUGAGUUUUUAUUUUAUUUCUUGUUACUUGAGUGGAACCGAGGACGUUGUGGUUUAUGUUUGGCAUCUUGAACCUGUAGACCAGUGGUUCUCAACCUUUUUUCAGUGAUGUACCUCCUGUGAAAUACUUUUUCAGCCAAGUACCCCCUAACCAGCGCAAAGCAUUUUUGGUUGAAAUAAAGAUGUAAUACACAGCGCUCUGCCAUCAGUGUCUGAUUUAUUAAACUGUCAACACUGACGAUUGCAUUGUUGCAUUGAAUUCAGUUUAUGAACUUACACUUAUAUUUUAUUGAAUAUUUAUUAAAUAACUAUUUUUAAAGGAUUUUUGAAUGGAUGCUAAUUUUAAAUAUAUAUUUUUUAAAUCUCACGUACCCCCUGGAGUGCCUUCACGUACCCCCAGGGGUACACGUACCCCCAUUUGAGAACCACUGCUGUAGACCACCAGAAUCAGGACCAGGUUUGUGGGUCUCCUGAACUGAAGGAGAAACAUGGAGCUCCAGACUUUCAACUAGAAUACAAUCUGUUACUCAAAAUCUCUCU